AUGCCGCAGCGCCGCCAUGACGACGAUCUCGCCGCGCCGCUGCUUCCCAACGCGCCGUCCUCGCCGCCCUCCGCGUCCCACGCAAUCGCCGCGCUGCCCGCGGCGGCGGGGCGCAGCGCCGCGUCGCCGUCGGCGGAGCACGUCACGGUGGCCGUCGUGCCGCCGCGCGCCGUCUACUCCACGCCCUUCGUGCAGGCGGGUGUGGCCGACGUCGCGGGCGCCGCCAGCGCGCCUCUCGCUCCCGCUUCGGCGCUGAUCGCCGCAGCCAGGGGGGAACAACGCGGCUCUGGCUUGGGGCUGGCGGCGCUGGCGGAACCGGUUGCAGGGGCGGGGGAGGGAGAAGGGGGAGGGGGAGCGGGAGAAGGAGCGGUGGGGGGAGAAAUUGCGCAGGCGGUGGAGGUCUCAAGGGCGAAUGCGGGCGGGGAUGGCGGAUCCGGCGCGGGCGUGGGGAGUGAAGCGGCGGAAGGCAGGGAGACUGGCGAGGGAACGUCGGGAACGGCGGAAGGCCCUGUGCGAAAGAAGCUGUGGCGGAUUGCGAGCGACGACAGCGACAGUGAUGGCGAUGGCGAUGGCGAGAACGGUAACGAGCAUGGCAACAAUCAUGGCGACGCGGCUGCAGCGGGCGUUGGGAGUGUGGGGAGAGAGGGCGAUGGAGCGGUUCCCGAGGAGGCCCGCGACGGGGCGGGAGGGGAACUUAGGGGCAGCAGGCGCAGCAGCAGCAGACAGGGGCGCGCGCGCACAGACGGGGGCGCUGUGGGGGGCGUGGGCGCCAGUGAGGUGGGCGGCGAGCAGACGAGCGCGAGUGCGGAGGGCAGCAGGCGGGCGGCGGGCGAGGUGGGGGAGUUGGGGGGUGUGGCGGAGAGCAGUAGCGCGCGCGAGCGGCGGUGGCAGGCGCUGCUGCGGUCGACAUCGUCGUACCACUACGGCCGGCAGCACAGCACCGCUCUCAGCACUGACUCAUCGCACUCCACCGGGCUGGCGUGGGAUGACGCGAGGCCGCACAGCAUGAGGGCGGACGAGUGGGGCGAGGGGGGCGCUGAAGGGGCGAGGGGGAGGGCGGGCGGGGAGGAGGCGAGAGGCGCAGCGGGCGGCAUGCUGGAGGACGCGAGGGCGAACCCCAAGCUGGUGGUGCUGGCGCUCAAGGGCGGGUGUGCGGCGGCGCUGACGGCGGCGCUGUGCGUGGUGGACGUGGACGACCGCCUGCCCUCGCUCGCCUCCAUCGGCGUGUGGGCCGUUGUUACUGUCGACCUCGUCUUCGAAGCCAACAUCGGCCUCUCGCUUGGCAAGGGUGUGAACCGGGUGCUGGGCACGCUACUGGCGGGGGCAGCAGCGCUGGCGGUGACGCACGUGGUGGCGCUGGUGGGCGGGCUGCACGUGGCCGUGCUGCUGCUGCUCGUCUUCCUCGGCGCCGCCCUCCCCAUCUACUACCGCAACCGCCCGCCCUUCAAAGACAGGUGGACGUACGCAGUGACGAUAAUGAUGCUCACCUUCCACAUCCUGCUGCUCUCCACGUACCGCAAGCCCGAGAAGCUGCGCCUGCCAUUGGCGCGCUUCUCCAUGAUCGUGCUGGGCUUCCUCAUCGCCGCGCUCAUCAACCUCGCCCUCUUCCCCGCCUAUGCCGGUGACACCCUGCACGCGCUGCUCUCCAAGAACUUCGACUCCGCCGCCACGCUGCUCACCAGGUGUGUGGAGGAGUACGAGCGGGGCACGGUGUGGCGGCACGUGCCCACGCUGUGGAGCAUGCGCACGGGGCUGGCAGGGCUGGCGGGCGCACAGGGAGGCGAGGGGGACGGCAGUGGAGGGGAGAAGCUGCGGGAGAUGUACCAUGCCAUUGUCAUGAGCGACGCUGAGGUGGAUAAACACCUGGCGGCACUGCUCUUUGAGCCGCCACACGGGCGCUUCUUCGCGGGCUACCCAUGGCAGCUCUAUGAUGACGUCAGCGACACGCUGCGCUGCCUCGUGUAUGACGUCAUCGCGCUGGACUCCAGCCUGCGGGCGGAGAUCCAGGCACCGCUCGUGCUGCGACGCCUGGUGGGGCAGGAGAUGACAGCCAUUGCCCACGAGUGCAGCAGCACGCUGGCCUAUCUGGCACAGUCCGUGCGCUCAUUCACGUGGGCAGGCCCGCCCGACUCGCUGUUCCGCGCGGAGGAAGCUGCGAUGAAGCUGCAGCACCGGCUGUCGAAGCACAUCAGCCUCAUCCUCAUGCUGCCUCCGCCCUCCCUCGCCCACCGCCCCCUCGCCCUCUCCCGCCUCUCCGAGGGCGGCGGAGGGAGCGUUGGGGGGGGUGGGGGUGCUGGGGGGGACGGGGAGGCGUUUGACAGACUGGUGGUGCAUGGGGGGGACGAAGGGGGCGAGGGGGUUGAGGAUGGGGAGGGGGUGGUGAAGAGCUGCAUUGACAUGGGUGGCGAGGAGGGCGAGGGCGAGGAGGGCGAGCAGGGCGAGGAGGGGAGAGGGCAGAAACGGCUGGAGGAAUCUGCUUCGCCCAGAGCAAAAAGGCUCUCCCGUCCCGGCAGUCCUCUCUGCCUCUCCCCCCGCCACCCCCACGGCCUCUCGCCCUCCCCCACCACCACGGCACCCGACUCGCAUGCACCACCUCACACCGCAGCGACGGCAGCAGCAGGCGCAGCAGCAGGAAUGGGAGCGAUGGGAGCGAUGGGAGCGAUGGGAGCGAUGGGCACGCUGACGCCGUCGGAGAUGUCGCUGGCAGAGGGGCUGGCCGGCUAUGCUGCCACAUGGGGACCAGCCGGUGCCGGACAGCAGGGCGACGCAGGUGCACCGGCAGGCGGCAGUGGGAGUGUGGGCGGCAUGGGGGGUGUGGGCGGCAUGGGGGGUGUGGGCGGCAUGGGGGGUGUGGGCGGCAUGGGGGGUGUGGGCGGCAUGGGGCGGAAGAAGCCGUCGGUGGCGGAGUGGCGGCAGGAGCUGCUGCAGCGGCAGGCGUCGAUGGGUGGUGCGUGGGACCGCACGGUGGAGCGCAUCGCAGCGCUGUCGCUCGUCAAGGUGGCGGCACUGCUGCUGGAGGUGGUGGCCAAGCUGCAUUUUGUGGUGCAGCGAUCCGAGGAGCUUGCGCUUGCUGCUCGCUUCGAUGUCACAGGAACCUCUUAG